AUGGGUUGCAUCUUCUCCGGUACCAGCAGCUCACCAUCAUCCACAGCCAAUAAGAUCCGUGUCGUCCACCUGAAUGGCUAUGUAGAGGAGUUUGAUCACCCAGUCUCAGUUGGCCAAUUGAUCACUGGCAGCAAGCCUCCAAAAACCUUCAUCUGCACCCCAUCUCAGCUUCUCUCCAACUGCUCAAAGCCUGAGCUUAAACCCGAAAAGAUUCUCGAGCCAGGCCACGUCUACUUUCUUCUCCCUUAUUCCACCUUGCAAACUGAUGUUUCUCCGGUGGGCUUGGCAUCUCUGACGAGAAAGCUGACAAAAAGAGCGAAGUCCUGCAAGUUUAGUGGUAAGUUUAAGUCAGAAAAAGCUAGCCAUGGUGGGGGAGAGGUGGAGAUGCAGAGGAAAAAAAUGAUGAUGGGUUGCAGAGCAGAGAUGGGUCCUAGGCUGGGUCGGUCAUGGAGACCUGUUUUGGAUACAAUUAGAGAGAGGUCUUUUAAACGGAGAAGUGAAUCUGAUUUGCAAGAAAUUUAUGCAGAGUAA